CACUCCCUGUAACGUAUUAAUAUACAACACUUCCUCUCAUGAUCAAAACAUAUCAUCUUUACAUCCAGCCAAGAAAAAAAAAAUGGAUUCAUCAAGAGACGCCGGAGAAACUUAUCAGAGCAAAUAUAAAGGUAUCCGUCGUCGGAAAUGGGGAAAAUGGGUAUCGGAGAUUCGUGUUCCGGGAACCCGCCAACGUCUCUGGUUAGGCUCUUUCUCGACGGCCGAAGGCGCUGCCGUAGCCCACGACGUCGCUUUUUACUGCUUGCACCGACCAUCUACCCUCGACGACGAAUCUUUUAACUUCCCUCAAUUGCUCCCAACCUCCCUCGCUUCCACCACAUCUCCUAAAUCUAUCCAAAAAGCUGCUUCUGACGCUGGCCUGGCCGUGGACGCCGGAUUCAACCUAAACAACGACGGUGCUGUGUCUGGUAGUGGUGGCACCUAUGAAGAUAGAUCGCCAACGGCGGACAUGGAAGACGAGNUUAGUUGA